AUGACGCAGCAGAAAGCAGCCAGGGUUAAUUGGUGUCAAAAAACGCUUGACCGUUUCAAUUCCGGAAACAAAAAAUGCGUACAGCAUUGUGAAGAAAAGCCAACAAAAAUGGUCGCGACAGUUGUGUCAAAAGCGGGUCAUAUUGCAACAAUUCCUCUUAAUGAGCAAAGAACUGUUACUGCGGAUUGGUAUACCUCCAUUUGUUUGCCAAAAAUCAUCACCGAGCUUCGAAAAAUCAACCCAGAAAGAAGAAUCAUCCUCCACCAAGACAAUGCAAGCUCGCACACAGCCCAAAAAACAAGGCAGUAUUUAACGGAAGAAAACGUGGAAUUAUUGGACCCUCCUCCAUAUAGUCCCGAUCUAAGUUCUAACGAUUUCUUUACUUUCCCGAAAAUUAAAAACAGACUGCGUGGUCAAAGGUUCCAGUCACCAGAAGAAGCAUGGCGCAGACAACAGUCACUCUGGGAUCAGGAAUGGAACAGUAUUGUCUUUAGUGACGAGUCUCGAUUUUGUUUAGGCAUGCACGAUGGUCGUGCCAGGGUUAGAAGGCGACGUGGUGAAAGGAGGAAUCCACAGUUUUUUGUUGAAAGACAUGUUCAUCACACUGUUGGAGUUAUGGUUUGGAGUGCUAUAGCUUAUGGUUCCAGGUCACCUUUAAUCUUCAUCAGAGGUAACAUGAACGCGCAGCGUUAUAUCCACGAAGUUCUAGAACCCCAUCUUUUCCCCUAUGUUGACACCCUGGCAGAUCCAACUUUCCAACAAGAUAAUGCCCGACCACAUGUUGCAAGAGUCACAAUAGACUUCUUUCAACAUAAUGAUUUCACAUUGUUACCAUGGCCACCAAGAUCUCCCGGUUUAUCCCCAAUUGAGCACGUGUGGGAUAUGAUGGGUAGGAGAUUGCUCAAUUUGCAACGUCUUCCUCAGACUCUAGAAGCACUUCGAGAGCAGUUGGUGGUUGCCUGGAAUGAGAUACCACAGGAGGACAUUGACCACCUGAUCAGACGCAUGCCUAGGCGCGUUGGAGAAGGUGUAGCACAUCAGGGUGCAUCCACACAUUAA